CAAUCGAAUUUUGUACGAUGAAAACGUCCGUUCCUUUGCUUCUGCUGCUGGGGCUCUGCUCCAUGGCGCACAGCGCCAAAAUCCUGGGCAUCUUCCCCAUGACCUCGCACAGCCACUUCAUAUUGGGACACGAACUCUUCGAGGGUCUGGCGAAGAAAGGGCACGAUGUUACGUUCAUCAGCGCUUACGACAAGAACACGACGUAUAAAAAUAUCUAUUUGGAUGGUAUCCAUGAGGAGAUUGAAAAGAUGCAGCGAGAGAAACAGCAAACAGAAAAUCCGAGUAUAAAUGAAAUGAGAAACAUCUCACCGUACGUGAUGUUCAUGUGGAUGGGUGAGAUGAUGUUGGCGCAGAACGAGUUGAUCUUCAAACAUCCCAAGGUGCAGGCUCUGAUGAAGAAAGAAAAGUUCGAUGUGGUCGUGCUAGAGCAGUUCAUGAACGAUGCGCUUAAAGGAUUCUGCGUGCACUUCAACGCCAGAUGCGUAGCUUUCAGUACCAUCGGUGCCAGCGCCAUGAGCAAUUAUGUAGUCUCCAAUCCCAGUAAUCCUUCAUACAUUCCGAACCUAUUCCUUUCCUACUCCUCCGACAUGACCUUCUUCCAGAGGAUGCACAACGCUUUCUUCACAGUCUUCGUCAAUACGGUUAACAAGUAUAUGCAUAUCCCCAAGCAGGAAGCAUUGAUGAGGAAAUACUUCCCUGCGACUCCUGACAUUCCCACCAUAAUCCAAAGCAACGUGGAUUUGCUCUUCCUGAACUCCCAUCCAAGCGUCAAUGAUCCCGUGCCUACAGUUCCGCAGAUGAUCCAUGUGGGCGGUAUCCAUAUCAAUCCAAAACAAGACAAGGUACCUGCUGAUGUCAAGAAAUUCCUUGACGACGCCACAGAAGGUGUUGUUUAUUUCAGCUUGGGCUCCAACGUAAAAAGUAAAGAUCUUCCAGAGGAAAAAGUCCAAAGCAUUCUCAGAGCUCUGUCCAAAUUAAAAAUGAAGGUCCUCUGGAAGUACGAAGAUGAUAAAUUGGAAGGAAAGCCUAAGAACGUCAUGAUUCAAAAUUGGAUGCCUCAACAGGAAAUUUUAAGUCACCCUAACGUUAAAGUUUUCUUAACGCACGGAGGACUCUUAAGUUCUAUGGAAGCCAUCUACUUCGGAGUUCCUUUAAUUGGAGUUCCCUUCUUCGGAGAUCAAAUGGCCAAUAUGAAAAUGCACGUGAAGAAUGGCUUUGCCCUUCAAAUUGAUUUCGACGACCUAAACGAGGCUUCUCUCACUGAGACCUUCGAUACCAUCACAAAAAAUCCCAGAUUUGCAAAGAUCGCUAAGCGAAGGUCGAAAAUGAUGCGCGAUAGCACCAUGAAACCCUUGGAUCUGGCCAUCUUCUGGGUCGAGUAUUUGUUAAGAAAUAGUGAUGCACAGUUCUUGAGAACCGCAGCCACUGAUAUGCCCAUCUACAAGUACUUUCUACUGGAUGUAGUUGCCUUCCUAGCCUUGGUUGCUUUAAUCCCACCAAUUAUCCUCUAUAAGUGCAUCAAGUGCAGGAAAUCUUGUGUCAAGGGCGAGAAGUGCUGCAAAGCCAAACGCAACAAAAGCAAAAAAGAGUAA